CGCUGGCUAUAGGCAGGGCAAUGGAUACUGUAUUACAGUAUAUUAGGUUCAAGACGUGCGCGUGCGGCGCGCGUCACCCCUGAUAGAGGGAGCGACGCGCACGACACGCGUUACGGCGACUACAGCCCGAGUGCGAGUGACGCGCGAGCCGCCGCAGCUCUCGCUCCCUUGCCGUGCACGCGCCCGCGCUCCGACGGUAACAAUUUUGCUGGAAAUGAGCCGACUAUGGAAGGCAGCCUUGACGCACCAGAAGGAGAAGAGGGGAGAAAAAACGCAUUUCGUGUUCUUGCAUGACUGCGGCAGGCGUGCGUAGAGGUCCGGCGUUUCUCAAUAUUUAUUUUGCUUUUUUUUCGGUCUGAGGCUGUGGGCUUCGUUCGGUGGCGAAACGAGGCGGCGCGGCUCGGCGGUGCGCGAAUGACGCGGCUGUGCGAUCGGGACAGGUGGCGGCCGCCUUAUUAUAACGCGCUGCGAUCAUGGGACGUGGUGUCGCGAUGCUCCACUUUGUAGGCUUUCGCGAAAAUAACCCGGCGACUUAAAUACCUCCAUCCAGGUAGAAACAGCAUCAUCCGCUUUCGUAGAUGUCAGACCAGACGUUCCGAGAAAAGCGAAGAUAAUAAGGAUGCUUCCAAAAAAAUAGUCGCCCCGAGCGAUUUUUUUUUGUCCACCCCCCGCCCCCCCAUUGUGUUGCCCCAUGUUUUCUUUCAGAGCGCCGUGAUUCGAUGAGUCGCGCGCCGGUGAAAGAUGUGUCAUCAUGUAAUAAGCUCUAGGUGUGCGGAUCCAUUGUGGGGCCGAUGCUUUACAGUUUGCCGCAAACUGCUCAUUCUUUUCAUCUUUCAUCUACAGCCGCAGUCCAGCUCCUCUGACUUCACUGUAGAUCAACAGAUCUGCUCAGACCCUGGCUACCCUGAGCAUGGCAGCCGGAUCCUGAGUUUGAGUUCCAGAGCCUUUUUGGAGAAUGACGUGGUGAGAUUCUCGUGCUCGGAGGGCUUUCGACUCAAGGGUCCGACAAAGAUGGUCUGUGCGCGGCUUCAUGAUGGAACCAUGGGCUGGAAGCCAAAUGUGAAACCAGUAUGCCUUCCUGAAGAUUGUGCAGUUCCAUAUGUUGAGGAUGCUGAUGUUUUUUAUAAGACCUAUAGACCGGGAGACCAACUGAUAGUCAGCUGUCAUGGAGGAUUUCAGAUUCGCUACCCCGAUACAGACACUAUGCAAUCGGUCUGUCAGGAUGAUGGAACAUGGGCUAACUUGCCUAUUUGUCAAGGCUGCCUGCGUCCCAUGGUUCCGCCUCACAGCUAUGUAAACCUGUCUGAGACGGAAUUCUCUUUGCCUGUGGGGACGGUGGUGCACUACCAGUGCUUCCCAGGUUACAAGCUGGAUGGCACGGAGCUCCUUGAGUGCAUGUACAGUCUCAUUUGGUCCAGUGUUCCACCCCGGUGCCUUGAGGUUGAAGUGUGUAGCCUACCCCCAAUGGUGGAACAUGGAGACUAUGUGUGCCACCCACAGCCCUGUGAUGGAUACAUCCAUGGAACAGUAGUGGAAUUCUAUUGCGACCCUGGCUACACCCUUGCAAAUGACUACAGGUACAUUACCUGCCAGUAUGGACAGUGGUUUCCUCAUAUUCAAGUGUACUGUGUCCAGACAGAAACUUCCUGGCCAAAGUCGGAGGAGUCCUUAACAACAUGGAAGCUGAUGUCAUUUACAGCCACCAGUGUGCUGUUGGCAUUACUCUUAGUCACUCUAAUAAAGGUGUUCCCGUUUAGAGGCAAGACCCACUGUCAACUAAGAGAUCAGAAUCCAGAUUCUAGCUCUCCAAACUUCCUGGUGGUGGAUGGCAUCCCGGUGUUGCUUCCAUCAUAUGAUGAGGCUGUGGGCAACGAUAACAGCAUGCCCCCUAAUGCUGAGACUCCUGGCAGUAUGGGGUCUGUGUUGCAUCCUGAAGACCAAGGACCUCCUGCAUAUCCAGGCCAUGUGCCAACAAUCAGAGGGGUGGCAUGCAGCAUGAAUGAAUUUGAAACAUGCGAGAGUCUCUCAGAUUCCAUGGAACAACUCCAAAGUAUAUGUCCUUCAUCCAUGUAUACAGGGGGCCUGAGCAACCUGUCUGAGAGAACCAAUGUGGUGGUCUCAGUUUCGGCCGAUACAAAUUCAACAAGUCCCAGUAUUGAUAUAGCAGAUGGUAUGUUGUUCAUCUUCUCAUUGUUAAAAGAUCUUAAAGGCUUAUGAGCUAGUUUAGCCCGUAGAAAGACAUAGGUUAUCAGAUAUAUUCUGAUGGAAUUUUCAGAUCCCAUACUGUUUAACAACACUGAUUUUUGCCAGAUUGUGUAACAUUUUGCUUUUGAUCAAGUGGUCAUAUGCAAACGAUAACUUCAGCCACGUAACCAGGAUUGUGCUUCUUUACUACCAAAAAAAAAAGAUCACAGGUGCAUAGCUUUACUGUGCUGCAUGUCUUCACGUAGAACUACGUGUGGGUGGUGAGCCCCAACCCACUCAACCAAAUAUCAGGUCGGUCGCUGCCGCAUCCUCGUACAUGGGCUCAUGCUGCACGGCUAUGUCGUGUUGGGUGCGCGAGACGAGCAUCGAUGGUUGAGGCUCCGAGGCCGCCUGAGACGAUUUUGCAACCUCCCGCGCACUCUGCUCACGCUUUCACUGAGCUGCUGGUGUCUUGUCUUGGCUGGUGUCUUUGGAAUCCCAGAGGCCUCGGCUUGCUCCCUAAGACUUAGUGCAGCUCCUCGGUCACGAUAGUACUUUGCAUCAUGUUUGUUUGGCAUCUUUGAAAUGUUUAAUUCGAUGAUCCGCCUUCGGGCCCCCUACCUCGGUCUAAAUGAAGGUUUUCCUGCCGGCGCGAUACGUGUCCCAUAGCGCGGUUCUCCAGCGAUGAACUGAGGUGCUGACGUCAACGCUAUGACGUGGUUCGAACGUGAUGACAUGUAGCCAACGCGUAGCAACUCCAUAACAAGCCAAAUGUGGGGCAUUUUCGCAACGUUGCCAGCGAGCCAAAUGUGGGGCAUUUUCACAAUGUUGCCAACUCGCUCAGGCUGAACCGGCAGCGGCCGAUCAUAUCUCAUUUGAUGCGGUGUUAUUUUCUCUGUCCAACGGUAUAUGCGUUAUUUCUCUGUGUCUUUUCAUUUGCGAGCAGUAGCGGCGAGAGGGGUUGCAUUUUUUCGUGACAGUCAAUUCCCAAGUUACCCCCUCUACCUAGUAGUGAGGAGAAAGAUGUAGUUCUACGUCAAAAAAAGAGAAAAUAACGGUGGAUAUUUUGGUAGCAGUGUUUGUAUAACAUUUACGAAUGAAUGUGUUCAUCU